GCUCUCGGCCGUACCAUAACAUCGACGCAGAUAGCGUCACGGGAAAGCGCGCCCGUAACUGGGACGAGGAGGCGCAUGAGAUGAAAAUUGAGAACUUGCGCGGGAAGGAGGAACUCUACAAGCUUGACAAUGCUGGAUUUCAGUACGGGCGAGAAGCGGCAAAGCAUACCAGCUUCUUGAACGAUGCUGAGAUUGAGCGCGAAUACUAUCCUGAGAGCAUUGAUCUCAUCAAGAGGGUUACGGGAGCAACCAAAAUCGUCAUCUUCGAUCACACCAUUCGUCGCCGUCGCCCAGGCGAGCCAGAUGACAGCCCACAGAAACGUCAACCAGUCCCCCUGGUUCAUGUGGACCAAACGACUGUGUCGUCUAUUGCUCGUGUUAAUAGACAUCUCCCGCCAACAGAAGCUCCGUCUCUCCUUCGCAAACGCUUCCAAAUCAUGAACCUUUGGCGUCCUAUAUCGCAUGCAGCUGUAGAUUGGCCGCUUGCACUAUGCGACUUCCGCAGUAUUGAUGUGGAGAAAGACUUGGUGCCUGUCGCUCUUAUAUACCCUGACCGCGAGGGUGAGACACUUGGGGUCAAAUACAACGCAAACCACCAGUGGAAAUACAUGAAGGCCAUGACCCCAGAAGAGUUUGUUCUUAUCAAAUGCUUUGACUCAAUACUAGAUGGCAGUGUCGCGAGGUUGACCCCUCAUACUGGGUUCCAAGACCCGAACACUCCAGAGGGAACACCGCUUCGGGAAUCCAUCGAGCUGAGAGCUCUGGUAUUCUAUGAUUAGAACACGUAUUAUCAACUGGCGUUGAUAACUCAUACCGCGUUUAUUUGCUGUAUCUAUGUCCCAUUUUAUCGAAUUAUCAUGAAUCAGAGAAAGUUUGACGUGCUUAGGAAAAGAGGCAGAUGAAACGAACGAUAUAGAAGAAGCAAAUACAUGAAAGUGUAAAGUUAGGAUGUAACAGAAGAAGAAACAGCAGUAAUGGAAGGCGAUGUCGAGGGUGUUGCCAGUCG